AAAACCGUCAAGCACCGGAAGUUUACAAAAUAGAUGCCGGCUUGUUUUCUUUGUUUUAAUCUCUUUAAACAUUCAUAAAAACUACGAAAAUGAGUGGUGGAGUGUAUGGUGGAGAUGAGGUUGGAGCAGUGGUAUUUGACAUAGGAUCCUAUUCUAUUAGAGCUGGAUAUGCUGGAGAAGACUCCCCAAAAGCAGAAAUUCCCACACACAUGUCAGUUGUUGAUGACCCAGAUGUUGCCAUGGAAACAGAUGAUACAGAAAAGAGUAUUAAAGGUCCUAGCAAAAAAUAUUACAUUGACACAGGUGCCAUCAAAGUACCGAGAAAGGGAGCAGAAAUAUCCACAUUUAUUAAAGAUGGCAUGAUUGAUAAUUGGGACAUGUAUGAAGAAUUGAUGGAUCAUAUCUACAACAAAUCUAUAAAAUCAGAAUCUAAUCUACAUCCUGUUAUGAUGUCAGAACCAGCCUGGAAUGUUAAAGGAAAAAGAGAAAAGUUGGCAGAAAUCAUGUUUGAGAAGUACAAUGUUCCAGCUUUCUUCCUCUGUAAAAAUGCAGUACUAACAGCAUUUGCUAAUGGAAGGUCUACAGGACUUGUAUUAGACAGUGGUGCCACACACACAUCGGCUGUACCUGUAUAUGAUGGCUAUGUAAUACAACAAGCUAUCGUUAAGUCACCUUUAGCUGGAGAUUUCAUCUCCAUGGAAAUUAAAAAGUUAAUGGAAGAAUUAGAAAUAGACGUUGUCCCCCCUUAUCAGAUCAAAACAAAAGAACCAGUUGGUUUUAUGGAGGAAGCAAAGUGGAAGAAGAAAGAUAUACCAGAAGUUACUAAGUCUUAUCAGAAUUAUAUGGUCAAGGAUGUUUAUCAAGAUUUUGCAGCCUCUGUUGUUCAAGUUAUGGAUACACCUUAUGAAAAAAGUUCAGCAGACACCAUGCCAAAUAUACAUUAUGAAUUCCCAAAUGGUUAUAAUCAAGAUUUUGGAUAUGAAAAAUAUAAAGUUUGUGAGGGUUUGUUUGAUCCCUCAAUAAUAAAGGAUUUACCAAGUGGGAAUACGAUGUUAAGUGUUGGACAUGUAGUAACAACUAGUGUAGGAAUGUGUGAUAUUGACAUUCGACCUAGUUUAUACAGUAGUGUUAUAGUGACUGGAGGGAACACAUUAUUACAGGGAUUUACUGAUAGAUUAAACAGAGAUUUAAGUACUAAGACACCUCCGAGCAUGAGAUUGAAAAUAAUAUCAGGAACGACUGGUAGUGCAGAGAGAAGAUUCAGUAGCUGGAUUGGAGGAUCUAUCCUGGCUUCUCUUGGUUCCUUUCAACAAAUGUGGAUUUCAAAGCAGGAAUUUGAAGAAGGCGGCAAAUCAUGUGUUGAGAGAAAAUGUCCAUGAAGGAUAUUGCUAAAAACCAGCAUGUGUUCGCUUAAACUAUAGCAUUGUCAGAAAAAUCCAAGAAACAUAAUAGAUGGUGCUAUUAUAUGACAAGCUAGAACUGAGAUGCAUUCAAGAUAAUGUUUGUUAUAUUUGAUGACGAAAAAUUUGUAAAUAUCAUUGUUUUGUAUCCUAUUAAAUGUCAAUAAAAUGAUAAAGAAAGAA